AUGGCCGACAUGCCAGACCUCUCGCAUCUCACUCCUGAGGAGCGCGCCAUCAUCGAAGGCGUCAUGAUGCGACAGCGCCAGGAGGAACAGCGCGAGCACGAGAUCAUGAGACGUAAGCAAGAUGAAGUUACGGUGCUUGAGCAGACGAUCCGGACUCGGAAUGAAAUGCACCGCGCAGCUGGUGUAGAGCUAGCUGCAACUUGCCACAUCUGCCUCAAGACCAAGUUUGCGGACGGCGUCGGCCACUCGUGCCACUACUGCCGCGUGAGGUGCUGCGCCAGAUGUGGCGGCAAAGUUACUCUUCGUUCUAACAAGGUUAUAUGGGUAUGUAUAUUGUGCCGCAAGAAACAAGAAUUAUUAUCUAAAACUGGACAAUGGAUCCACAAGAGUGCUGGACAAGAUUCAAUGUUAUGGCGCAUGGAGAAUGAUCUCCGAGGUUUACCACCACAACCUGACGGAUCAUUUGAUAAAAGACCGAAACUAGAGAGGGCGCACAGUGCCGCAGAAAAAGAAAACCUCCCCCUUCAACGUUCAGGUAGUGCUCUCCGACGCCAAUACAGUCAACAGGACCAACGAUGUUAUGGGGAACUAGAAGGACUGGCUAGAACGCAUCCACAUUUAGUUCACCCGAGACAAAAGGCUGCAUACGGAGUGGUCGAGACAGGAGCACCUCCCACAUCCCAGUUACUGCCGCUCACGCCAGCGUCACAUCCCCUUCUUCCGCCUCGGUCUUCCUCGUCCGAUGACGAAGCUCCAGAAUGCGUUUCCGAUGAAAACGACGAGUAUCGAGAUCGGGGACAACUAGAGGCAUGUGCUCCAGUUCGGCACCCACAUCUGCGUAGCGCCAACGUGGAUGCCAACAAUUAUUACAAUUUGAUUAAUCAUUCGCCGGCCGAUUACGAGGCUGAGGCUCGCGCUCAAUUCGACGUGCCGAGGACCGGGCCAUCAGGUGGACGCAGCUUUGAUUCUGUGACCGAUUGCCGGUGGCGGGCCCGAGACGAUGGCGAAGGUGCGUACCUUCGGCCGUAUGCACCAGAAGAGGGCCCGCGCCCAGACCGAGCUGUAUAUAAGAGUGCCUAUUUGUGGGAAGACUCCUCAGACAAUAGACGGUUCACUGAGAGGAGAAAAAAGACCGUUCGCUUUGACGGGCACGAAGGCGCCGCGACAUUUCCGCGGGGCGGGCGUGACGCGUCUGGCGCGCCGCACGACUGGGCGGCGCUGCGCUGGGAGCCCGAGCGCCAGACCAGCCAGGACUCCGCCACCAAAGACUCGGGCAUCGAUACCUCUAGCACCUUCACCUCCAGUGAAGAUUCGAACAGAGGCGAUUGCCCUAAGUUUCCGCUGAGCUGGCAGGUGUCUGCGGAUGGCACGCGCAUGAUCGGUCACAUGGUGCUGCGGAAGAGCGUCGUGGAAGGUAGUUCACAUUCUUCGGCGGCUAUCCUCGGCCUGAAAGUGGUUGGAGGCAAACUCCAACCAGACGGUACGAGAAUUGCAGUGGUUGAAAAGGUCAAGAAAGGAUCCAUAGCGGACCUUGAAGGACAACUUAGGAUAGGUGAUGAAGUUUUACAAUGGAACGGUGUGCCGCUUCAAGGCAGAAGCGCGGAGGAGGUGGCCGCAGUGGUAGCGGACAGUAAGCACGACCUGCACGUGGAGCUCGUGGUGUCGCGACCUCUCACCGCGACGCGCACGCCUGCAGUGCCCUGGAGAACUCACAAAGUGUACACGGACGUGAUGGGUGGUUGCGAAAAACCGAGUGUGUUGGUGACGUCACCGGGAUCUCCAGAUGUACAUUCACGGCGUCGACCCACGCGAUACAACCACCACAACGCAAAUGUAGCUGGACGCAUCCAGCUCAAAAUUUACUUCGACGUCUCCGCAACACAGCUGUGUGUAACUGUAGUGUCGGCGAGUGGACUCACUCCGCGGCCCGACGGCUCACCUCGAUGCCCAUACGCGAAACUGUUCCUGUUACCCGAUAAAAGCGAGAAGAGCAAAAGACGAACGAAAACUUUAGCUAACACCCUAGAACCACGAUGGAAUCAAAAUUUUGUCUAUUGUGGAAUUCGAAUAACAGACAUAAAGCGAAGAACUUUAGAAGUAACCGUUUGGGACUUAAACCGCUAUGGCCCAAACGAUUUUCUAGGGGAAGUCCUGCUUGAUUUAGACAAUAUCGUGAUGAACCAUGAGCCUACAUGGUACACGUUGAAGCCACACGAGGAAAUGGGAAGUUUCAGCAGGUACCGUGAGGACGAGGCCGACGGCGAGCACCUGUCUCCUCCGUCGACGUCUACCUCUCGACUCUCUGACUCUGAUACGCCGAGCGAGUGUGACCUGCGAAGACAUCAUUCACUUUCAAGCCUCGCUUCCAGCUCCAGCCCGCCGCCGCCACACGAUCGAAUGGACAUGGAGGGAGCUCGAUCUAGCCGGCGCGACAUGUCCCCGGCGGGCCGGGUGAGGGCUGCGGGCAUGAACAGAGAACGCAGCGGCGGGUACGCAGUGGCGCGGUCGCAAUCGGCGGCGGGCGUGGCGCGGCCGGCGCGCGCGCGCAGCAAGUCGCCGCGCCGCUCGCUGUCGCCUCCGGCUGACCGCGACGCUUGGCGCUACACAGUGAACGAGGACCGAGGUGACGGGUCACGGUUGCCGACGCACGCGUACGCGCCACGUUUCCAGUCUCGUUCAGCCACGGCCACCCCUACUACCAGCCCCAAGAAACGACAACUGCCACAAAUACCUCAUCACCAGGGCGGGCAGAGAGCGGUGCGCGCGCAGGUGUCGGCGGACUUGGAGGAACGUAAGUGGAUCGCCCCGCACCACAUUGGCGCCACACUCACCUACCGCAGCACGCCACAAGGGUGGGAAAGACAUUACGCAGGACUGUCCGACUCAGAGUUGGCAGCUCGCAGCGGCGGUGGCGCGGGCGCAGGGAGCUGGGCCCGCGACGCCGACUGUCACCCGACAACGCGGCGCAGGACUCCGACCUUGAGUCCGUCGCUUCCGUCACCUCCAGCGCCUUCAGCACGCAGUCCGAACGACCACGGCCCACCAGGAUGCUCAGUAAUGACUAUGGUGGACGAGACAAUGGACGCGGCAAUGGCAGCAACCAACAGCAACAACCCUUGGAGAGGCGAGAGUCACGUCGAGGUCAAUUUACUAGGAGUUUGA